AAAGUUAUGUCAUAGAAAUUGAAACAGAAAGGGUGAAACAUAAGAAACUCUAACUCUAGCAAACCGAAAAAAAUAAAUCCCGAAAUUCAAAUUAACGGACAAGCUCCUUUGGAGGGAAAAAAGAGAGAAAUAAAGCAACGGUAACCAUACUUUUGAUCUUGUGUAUUGGCCAAAUGCCUUCAUGUUUAAUAACGCAUGAAUGAGUAAACAUGCUUUAUUUAUCAAACUCGGCCUUGACACUAAUCCUGUUUACGCUACUAAUCUCAUAACUAACUACAUUUCCUCUGGUUUCCCCAACUCUCUUAACAUUGCACACAAGGUGUUCGACCAAGUGCCUCACAAAGACACAACCUUAUGGACAACUCUCAUAUCAUCAUACACUCGUUCCAAUCAACCCCACAAAGCCCUUCAUCUCUUCUCCAAUAUGAUCCAUCAGGCCCAUUCAAACCCGAAAGCCCGGCCCAAUCACUUCGUCUUCACAGCUAUUGUCAGUGCCAUUGGUUCUGCUCCAAAGCACCUUGUUUUAGGACAAAAUUUACAUGCCCAUGUUGUAAAAUCUGGAUUCAUUACUGGGAACAUCAUUGUUGAGACCGCGUUUUUAAACUUGUAUGCGAAAUGUGGGGUUCUUGAAUGUGCACGGAAGGUGUUCGAUGAAAUGUUUGAGAGAAAUUUGGUGACGUGGAACGCGGUGAUUUCUGGGUAUGUUCAGAAUGGAGAGGUGUGUGAAGGGUUGGAGUUGUUUUAUCGAAUGAAAUGUAGAGAAUUUUAUGCGCCUGAUGAGUAUAGCGUUGCGACGGUUUUAUCUGGCUGUGGUAGAGUUGAAUCGGCGGAGAAAGUAUUUGUUGGAUCGGAGAGGGAUCUUGUUUCCAAGCUUGUAAAGAUAAGGGGUUAUGUAUUUAAUCAUAUGUAUGAUGAAGCCGUGAAGUACAUUUUGUCGAUGGAGAAUGCUGUUGAGAUUUUAGUUACGGAUCAUACUAUAUUCGUGCCUCUGUUAACUACUUGCGCUAAGAUGCAUUUGCUCGAUGCUGGGAAGCAAGUCCAUGGUCUCUUUAUCACUUUGGUGGAUUCAUGUAACACUGCUCAAGAGAGCAGAGCGAUUAUUGGUAGUGCACUCAUAGACAUGUACAGCAAGUGCUGUGAUAUUGGUAAAGCGCGAAAAGCUUUUGAAAGUUGGCUACCUGAACGACACCUUCCACUGUGGAAUUCUUUGUUAUCUGGUUAUAUUAAUAAUGGACUCAUCGAAGAUGCUAAGGCAUUCUUUGAGGAUAUGCCCGAUAAAACUAUUGUUUCUUGGACUAGCAUGAUGACAGGGUAUGUGCAAAAGGAUUUGCCCCAAGAAUGCUUAAAUUUAUUGGCUAAGAUGUAUUCUGGAGAAGAAGGAUCUAGGCUAGAAGGAAACUGCUUGACCUUUGUGGUGGCUCUUGAAGCAUGUUCCCAUCUAACAGAUUUGAACAAAGGAAAGCAAAUACAUGCGAAAAUUAUUAGAGCGUUACCGGAUGCAGAUGACAAUGUGGCUGUUGGUACAGCUUUAGUUGACAUGUAUUCAAAAUCGGGUAGCUUGUGUUACACGCUACGACUUUUUGAUGCAAUGGAAGAGAAAAAUGUUGUUUCUUGGACUUCUGCAAUCCUGGGAUUUGCUGUUCAUGGAUUUGCCUUCCAAGCCCGUGAACUUUUUCAGCGUAUGGUAAACAUGGGAAUUAAGCCCAAUGAAGUGACAUUUAUUGCAGUAUUAACUGCUUGCCGUCAUUGUGGUUUAGUCGACGAGGGAAUGCAAUAUUUUACGCAACUGAGGGAGCGGUAUGGUUUGAUCCCCGAUGAAGAACACUAUACAUGUCUAAUUGAUUUAUUGGGACGUAACGGGAGGCUUGAAGAAGCAUGGCAUUUGGUGGAGGAAAUGGAAGAGAAUCAUCUAAGUGAUAGGUGCUCUACUGGUGCUAUUUGGGCUGCACUUCUAGGGGCCUGUCAGUUGUAUGAAAACGUCGAAAUUGGAAAAAAGGUAGCUGAAAAGAUGAUGAAAAAGGAGAAACAGGUUUCCACUGCCUCUGUUGCGCUAUCUAAUGUUUAUGCGGCAGCUGGGAUGUGGAAUGAAGUGUACGGAGUGAGAGAGAGUUGGAGAAAAAAAGGUCAUGCUGAUGGAGAGCCUGGUCUUAGCCGCAUAUUCACACAACCUCGUUGAUACAAAAGUUCUUAGACACAGUUUUAUUGCCCUUUUAUGUAAUUAGUGAGGGGUCAUCUUUCUGCAAAAGGUUAAUGAGACUCGAGGAAUUGAAAUCAUCUUGAGCUUUGAUGAUAAGAGUUGAUUUCCUCCCUAGUUUGUGCUCUUUCUAACAGGGAAAAAAAAAGUUUAAAAAGAGGGAAGCUAAUGUACACUACGAUCCUUUCGUUCACAUUCUAGUUACAUGGAGAUUGUUUAUGCUAUAAAUAAUAAUGAAGCUAGAUGAAUAACUUACAUACAGAUUGUUUUGCAAUGAGCAAUAAUAAUACAGGAAAUGUUAAAUACCAAUAAUAUACCUAGCUACUUUGGGGAC